AUGUUCGACCUUAAGGCCUGGGCUGAAUACGUCGUGCAGUGGGCUGCGGAGGACCCCUACGGCUUUCUGACCACGGUGAUCUUGUGCCUUACGCCGCUCUUCAUGGUCAGCGCGGCGCUGUCCUGGAAGCUUGCAAAAAUGAUUGAGGCCAGGGAGCGAGAGCAGAAGAAGAAGCAGAAACGCCAGGAGAACAUUGCAAAGGCCAAACGAGCAAAGAAGGACUAA